AUGGCCGAUGACGAGGAUCAGAGAAGCCGACGGAAUCCGCCGAAAAAACCACGACGCCGUUCGUCGAGCGGUGAUGAUACCGGGCCUCCCGAACAGCCUCCACGCAUCCCGCCACCACCCAACGCUCCGUCUACUUGCGACAAGGAGGUUCAGACUGUGUUUCAGAUAAACGCCGACGUUACGGAAAACCUGGAAUUCAUAAUCGAGCAGCGCUCACGCCUUACGGGUCCGCACCCCCGGGAUUCCUCGGCGGUUGGCAGCGGCUCGGUGGCCGGACCAUCCGAGGCGCCCGGACUUCCAUCCAGUGAAGCCCCGAGGAAACCACCGGAGCCGAAGGAUGUCGCCAUGGGAGCCGCGUCAUCCUCAGCACCCACCGCCAGCGGAAGCCAGGCGAAGCCGAUAAACACGGCAUGUAUUCUCGCACAGCGCCACCAGCAGUCGGAGUUCGGGUCCAUAACGGUGCUUCCGGUCGAAGACCAGCCUCACGCUGCAACAUCGGGCUUCGCCGCACCGAGCGCCUCGGCCUGGAAAGGUGAUAAGGAUUCAGGUUGCCGUUGUUUCUGCACUUGCAAUUGGCCCAUCCCGAAAUCAUCACAUCAUACCAGUGUUGACAGCGCCAGCCCUUCUCCGGUACCUCGUGCGAAAUCGCAGUAUUCCCGCCCCGAGCCACACCCCGACUCGUUAAAGGUAGAGGAACUUCCUUGCGAUCUUGAAGAGGACGAGCCGACCGUUCAACGGCGGAAGACCUUUAGCAGCCAGGGCGUUAACACCAUGUAUACCUUCCUCUGUAAGCGUCAAAUACAAAUGCAUGCGCCACCACCCCCGACUCCGCCCCAACAUCCUGCGCGGCAGCCGCCCAAAAAGCAGCUAGAUGAACCCGAAGAAAAGAUGGACGAAGGCAACGACGGUGACAGCGCACCGUAG